AGUCCCUUACCCAUAAGAUGGAUGGCUAUUGAGUCACUCUCCUACUCAAUUUACACAAUACAAAGUGAUGUCUGGUCGUUUGGAAUAACUAUGCACGAAAUAAUCACACUUGGUUCCACCCCAUAUUGCAAUUUAACAUCAUCUGAAGUUAUUCGGAAGUUGAAUGAAGGAUACAGAUUACAGAAGCCUGAUCACUGCGAUCGUGACAUUUACAUCCUCAUGAAACGUUGCUGGGAUGACAUACCAACAGAAAUACCUACGUUUUCGGACAUAUUUAAUCAGUUACACAGAAUAAUGAACGACGAAUCCAAGUUGUACCUAAAAAUGAAUAAGUAUGAUCAACAUUUGUAUGUCAAUUUGGAUAAGAAUGAUUGCUUACCAG